GUAGAGCCAGUGAGUACCUAUACCACCAUCAUAAUUCAUCCUUCGAUCGCGUGUGACGUACCGUACCGGGUACGUAGCUCGUAUAGCUAGGCCAGCGCCAGGCAUAGAGCGAAUGAUCAAUGUAGACGCCUUCACUGACACUGGAUUCGCCUUCGGACGAAAACUGUUCUGGGGAGUGGGAUCGUGGCUUACAGGGAUGUUGAGGUAGGAUUGUGUCAUGCAGAGUUCAUAUAGUUCCCAGAGGUCAUAGCUGAAGUCAUCGAACCAUGGGUUGCAUGUGCUGCUGUUUCAAGUCUCCAAAGGAGGAGGAACCAAGUUCUCUUGUCAAGAAGGGCGAUGACCCAUCAGGAAGUCCAAGGAAGUCCUAUGGUGCUAUUACAAUUCAAGAAGAAACGCCUGCUUCAAAGCUCAAUUCCCCUCCCAGAAAAUCACCCGAAGAACUGUUGUACUCCGACAAACCAAAGUCAGCCCGUGUGCAAUCGCCAGAGCUAAAAAAAGAUGGAGAGGCCUCAACCUCUGGGGCAUCUCCUGAAAAGAGGACAUUGGCAGAUAUUGCCGUUGCUGCCCAAAAAGUGACCAGUGCCUUCCAAGAUAAAAAGAAAUCCAGGACUUCCUCCCCAAGCCCCACAGUGGACACCAAAGGCCAUGCAGAAGCAGAAGAAUAUGUGGAGCAAGGAGUUGAUGUUCCAUUAAUUUCUUCUGGAGGUGAUUCAAAUGUGCAUGACAAUGCGUCGAUGGAAUCGGACACCUGCCACUCAAUAGGCGAGGAUGAGGAGGAAGAAGAAGAAAGUGAGGAUGCAAGGAUUCUUCGGAUGAUGUCAAGUGUUCCACCAGCCCCAUCUUCAGAUGGAUCACAAAGUCAGCUGGUGCCCAAGUCACCAUCCCCGGGAUCAUCAUCUCAAGAUGUAUCAAUGGAUAAGAAACAGUCUAAGGCCAAGGACUUCAUGAAAAAAGCAGGGAAGAGUAUGAAGAAGGCCAAGAAGAAAGUUGGUAAAGGGAUGGAUAAAAUGAUACAUCAUAAGAAGAAGGAGGAGUCAAGAAGUCAGGAUGAUACCAGAGAAAGAGCUGACUCAACAAGUACAAAUGAGACUUCAUCAUCCAGCAAUAACCAGUUCAAACGGGUCAGCUCAGAGCGCAUGAAAUCCAAGUAUGCACGAGAUAGACUAGCCGCUCUAGAGAAGAAGAGGGAGGAAGAAGCUAGCCAUAAAACAUCACAAGGAAUUACAGAUCCAAGACAGGCUGCUCUGGAGAGGGGCGAGAAGCUGGGAGAGCUCGAGGAUAAGACGGAACAGAUGCGUGACCAAGCAGCGAGCUUUGCUCACAACGUGAGUUUGUUGAAGGGCCGCCAUGCCUCGACGAGUUGAUGAAUGAAGCACUUCUCCAUCAUUGAAACCCCCAUCUCUUGCUUCUCUUCUCUAAUUUUCUCCCGGAUGAGACAACGUAUCACAGUGGAUGGAGAAAGUAUUAUCAUUAUUUGAUGAGAUUAGAGAGAAAUGAAGUGUGAUAUACAACACAAGACAGAAGGGACCCUAAGGUGAUAAGUAGUAGUCCCAUUGUCUGUUUCUAAUGUAGAAAGGCUCAGAGAAAGUCUUCUCUGAGCCAGUAUUUUUUUAAAAAGGAUAAUAUAUACUGAGGCCUGAUUUUGCUGUAUAUAUUCCAGGUAAAUAUUUGAAAAAGGCCAACUAACAGUAAAAUAAUAAUCUCAAAUAUUUGAUUAUUGUAUUAUUUAUGUACAUCUCUUACAACUGCAAUAGAAAUCAAGUCACAACUGUAAAUUUAAGUCCCCAAUUUUCCACUAUACAGAAAACAAGAAAAUUUGAAUUUCACAGAAUUUGGGAAGAGCACUUAAUUUCAUAGAAACACAUUUCUUUUUCAGAUAAAAAUUUUGAAUUCCGAAAAGUACACUGAAAAUCGUGAAAAUUAAAUGAAGUCCAGUAAAACAAAUUUCUGUUGCAUUCUAUAAAACAACUGCCAAUCACCAUUCUCACAUUGUUUAUUACAAAGCUUUAUCUGCAUACUGCAAUGUGGGUAAAUAAGGGAAAUUUUUCAUGUUACCAAAGUUUUUACUAUCAACAAUAAUUGCAUUUAAUAUUAUAUAUAUAUUGUAUAUGUCACAGAAGGACACAAACACCGAAUUUGCAUUGAAAUGAAACAGAAAACUGGGGACUUUACACAAAGGUGAUAUUUCCUGUUAAAAAGUGAUUAAAUACAGUUGUCAUCUAUACAGAUGCCUUGCCUGGCAUAGCAUGUUGAGUUUUCUUACACACAUGUUGACCCAGAUUGGUAUUUGUCUCCUAGUGUGUUUUAAACUGUAGAUGUGCAUGCACAUAACAUCAUUUAGAGUUGAUCAAGCACUGUAGAAUGACUGUUACGUGUCAUAAGCAGGAGUAUUAAUCAAAGUGAUGUCAAUCUUUCCCUGUUAUGAAAAUUUGCUGGUUCUACUUGAGACAGAGAUGAAUAAAUUACCCACCAGUGUAUCUAACGUGCUUAUUUCUUAUCCAUUACACAUGUGGCAAACUAAAUGGAUGUUUGCUCCAGGCUGAAAAAAAAAAUGAUUUGAAUUAACAGCUAAAGUAAAAUUCAGACGAAGCAAAACGCUUAAAAAUUCCAUCAAAAUUGGAUAGAAAAUAACAAAAGUUGUAACAUUUUUUAGUUUUUGCAUAAUUUUGGUCAAGAACUCUAUGCAUAUCUCUAUGAAUAUGCAUUGAGCAAGCUGAUGAUGUCGUAUCCUCAUUUUUUCUUUCAUUCAAAUUUGUCGUCCCUGAGUGAAUAAAAUUGGAUUGACUUUUAAUGAACUAAUAAGAUAAUCAUUGCUGCAACUUAUUCAGUUACAAGAUAUAUCACGCACGCAUUUAUGAAAAUAUGAAAUAAUUGUAAUUUCAUAUGAGGGUAAGUGGGGACAUGACAUCAUCAGCCCACCUAUUGAAUAUUCAUGACGGCGUGUGUAUAGCGCUUUUCACAAAAUAUGGCUGAACAUUAAGAUUCAAUAACCUUGUUAUUUGCUAUCAGAUUUUGACAAAAUUGUCAGCAUUUCAGCUUCAUGAAUUUUACUCUUUUAUAUAUUGAGAUAUAAUUAUAGUUAUUUUCAGCCCGGAGUACCCCUUUGCAAUAGAUUAAUGGGUAUCCCUUUGCAAUAUCAUCAUAUUAUAGAGUACCGAAGUGUGACGUCACAAUGUCAUGAUAACGAACCGGCUGGUUCUGAACAGAGUCAUAGCUGACGAUCGUCUGUACACAUUUGUAUUUGCAAAAAUAGUGAUGUGCUGUAGAAACACACUCUAUAGAGCAAUACUUCUAGAUGUGUGUUUCAUAAAGCUGUUUGUAAGUUAAGAACGACUUUAAGAACGACUGGUGAUCCUUUCUUGUGGUAAAUGGUAUAAUAAAUUGGCGAUGGUUUAGUGCAUAAAAUAGGAUCACCAGUCGAAUAAAGUCGCUACUAACUUUAAUACGAACAGCUUUAUGAAACUGUCCCCCGGAUUCAUUUGUUUAGAACCAGGCCGCCAUGACACCAUGGCAACUGACAUCAUCGCUUUGGUACUCUAUAUACAACACUUGAUCAUGACAGUAUUUUGGUAGAUCAGGAGAGGAUUUAACUCUUAGAGCAAGAUACAUUUCUCACCCUAAACAUUUCAGUUAAUUGUAAAUUUAUUUUAUUAUGGUUAUAAAUGUUCAUGUGAUAUUCCAUUGUUACUUCCCCCACAUUUGAGCUUAGAAAGACUACUCUCAGAUUCAUAAUUCUGCAAAGUAGGACAUAAGUGAUAUUUUUAUAGGCGACCAUUUUAAAUAUAAAUUGACUUAUGUUCUGAAAGCUGAAAAACUUUUUCAUAAUAUUCAAGUUUUGAAACAGGGCUUUUUUGUUAAAGAAAUAGUUAGAAAAUACUGCUCUGAAUGCAGACAGCCAUCUUGUUUUGAGAAAAAAUAUAUAAUUUAGCUGAAGUCAUAGUGUGUGAUUUGUUCUUUUAACACACAUAUACAUGUAUAUCUUGUUUAUUUACUCUCUAAUUUCUUCUGUAUAUUUUUUUAAACAUGACAUAUUAACCUCACCCCAUACUAUAUAUUAAUUCAGUUCAAAAAUAAAAAAAAAUAUGGUAGCAGCCUGGUAAUCGAUUUUAUAGCACAUCACUUCUCUUUAUAUAUGAUUAUGUGUAUGAAGAUAGUUAUCUCAUUCAAUCUAUGUUGUAGAAUGAUAUAAAUGUACUCUUAGUAAAUUAGUUGGGCAUUUGCAAUAUAUUAUUCGUCAUGAUUUUGAGAUAUAUACACAUAUAACCACACUAAUUCAUAUUAUGUCAGUAAUUGGUGCUUUAAUAAUCCGUUCUUGCCUUGCUUUUUAACGACGGUGAUAUACACAAAUUUGAUUAGCCAUUAAUUUCGACUUUAAAACAGGCUAAUAUGAAUCAGGGAUUCUUUACAGCAGUUUCAUAUUUUCUAAUCUUUUUUUAUUAUUGUCUGUGAAUCCAUCAAAUAGGAUAAGUGUUAUGUGAUAUCGGUAAUUUGUAGAUCAAUGUGUGGAUACAUUUCUGUUUUAAAGCAGUGAAUUCAAGUUAGGUGUUGGUGUUAGGUGUUGGUGUUUGGUGUUGGAAGCAAAAUUCUGAUUGCCUUCCCUACCUCUAACACCUUAUUUGAGCUAACACAUAUCACAACAUCUAUUCAGAUUUCCCCCAGGUGCCAAGCUGGCGUAAAUAUCUGAUCCGACACCAACACCAAACACAAAAGAAUGUCCGUAGUCUCCUGUCCUUAGUCUUGAUGCAAGACCUUGUAGAAAAUCAUAAAUGUAAUGAUGCAUUCUGGGAUAGUCAUUUAGUUCAGGACAGAAUGGCUGUAUUUUUUUUGGGGGGGGGGGGCGGCCGUUGAUCACAGCACAAAACCAAAUAUCAUACACUGUAAAAAAAAACACCAGACAGUGUUCUGAGAUGACAGCUCCGUCAGGUGUUGAAAAUGCACUAUGGAAUUGAACAUUACACCAAACAGUGUCGAAUUAUAACAAACAGGAUGUGUUAUAAUAUCACCAAUUGGUGUUGAACUAACACCAUGUAUUUCACACUGGUGUAAAAUAAUUACCGGUGGUGUCGUUUCAACACCAAUAUUUGUAAAGUAUAGGUGACAUUAUUCUUCCCCUUGUUGUUUUCUAGCUUUUAGAAGCUUACAUGUAUGUAUCACAAAUGUGCAAUUAUAGAAUCGAAACAUUUGCCUUCUUGAAAACUCAAGUACACAAUGAUCUUAUUACAUUUCAUGUCUUUUUCAGAGUGACCUUACAAAAAGACCAAGUAAAUUUCUAUAUCAUUAAAGCCUGACAUAAUUGUAUACAUUAAUUUAUCAUCUAUGUUUACUGUGUUUCGUACUUUGUAUGUUUUUCUAAAGAUAUUUUGAGGUUCAUGAAGUCUGGCAGACACAAGUUGGUAAUGUUGUCUGAUCGCGUUAAUUUCUUGCUUGCACAUUUCAUUUUAAAAAGCCAAAAUUUUAAUUGACCAAGCAAUUAUUGUUGUUAAGUCAAAUUAGCAGUGCUGCAAACCCUUGUUAAUUUUCCUCAAAUGUUUUCCAGAUGACCUCCCAUAUCUUGGGCAGUUGUGUUUCAUACCUUUUCAUCUUUAUAUAGCCUGAUAUAUGUGAAUUCAGGAUGUCAGAUAACACUUCUAAAUCUGUGGGUAAAAGAAAAAGAACAAAAUUAAUUAACUCUGUAUAUUCACUGAAGAAUACUGUAAUAUAUUGUUUUUUGUUUCUUCAGGGUAAAUGGAAAAAAAAACUGUACUUAAUUGCAAUUGUUACCUUCUACGCUCUGAGAGUGACAUUAAAAGAUUUGUGAUUUUUUUUUUACAUGAAAUGAACAAGUAUAAAGUAAAUUAUAUUUAUUAGAUUUUAUAGGAAAAAUAUUAAAGGUUGCUAUAUAAUUUAGUAUGAAUGGGUUGUAAAUUAUCUAUCAUAACUAUGAAAUGAAAAUGUAAUUUCAAUGGAAUAGCCCAGGCCACUAAGCUCUUCUAAGCAUUGUUUAAUGAAGAUUUUUGAUUAUUUAAUUCAUCUCAAAUUGAUCUCAAAUAUAUUUCUGAAGACAUAAAUGACCAAGACCGAUCUCAUCUUUGAGAUUUAGUUUGAGCCAAUCACAAGUUUCUAUAUGACAGGGACCAAAUUAUCAUUUAGACUUUACAAGUCUUUUUUUUUUAAUUUAUGAGGUCUUUAAAAAAAAUAGAAAGGGAAAUAUCACUGCAAUAAGAUUUCAAUCUAAAUUGACACCUAAAAUAAACCCAGACCUCUCUAAAAAUGUCAUUGUCAAUAUGUUCGUUAACAAGGUAUUCAAUUGUAUAAUGUGUAUAUAUAUAUGUAUAUUAUCUGUAGAUGUUAAUUGUACACUA